UUCGUUCUUCGCACUGUUGGCCAUUUUGGUAGGCCUUACAUAGUGCUUUCAAUUGUUGCCUCGUGGAAAAAUAUUCCUGUAAGCUGUAUUCUUCACUGUGCAUGUGGGACGAGACGAGCGAGUUGUCAAAGUUGUUUCACUUCUUCAGCCUGCGCAGCACACUUUGAGGAACUCCUUUUGCCGAAUUACUUUGCGGGAGGAUCGUGCGCAGUUUUCAUUAAGAGGUACAUUCGAGCGGCCGUCGUCCGGUGUUGACGACACAGCUCCCCGUCCCAACGAACAAAGGAACAGUAAGGCCGAUGUUCGUCUGUUAGCGCGAUCUGGGGAAAUUAAUAUAUAUGAAAUUAUUUAAAGUGAAACCUCUCGAUAACGCUAUUUUUGUUGUAGUGUAUUCACUUGAGACGUCUUUGCUGCAGAUAUAACUGACAAAUUAGCCUGACUCAUUCAGUCCGGUUAGCAACGUCGGCUAAAGUUAGCCGUAUUCGUGGACACCUAGCGAGCUAACUGCUAACUUUAGCACUGUUUUGAUUCAGGCGGUAAGUUUUGUUUUGGGGCAAAAAUGGCCGAAGUGUACAUUCGGGUGGCGGAGGAGGAAAACGAGGAACCCAUGGAGAUCCCAUCGGAGGAUGACGGCACAGUUCUGCUUUCAACCGUGGCGGCUCAGUUUCCAGGGGCAUGCGGCCUACGGUUCAGGAGCCCCGUGUCUCAGUGCAUGAGAGGAGUGCGUCUGGUGGAAGGGGUCCUACACGCGCCAGAAAACGGAUGGGGGAAUGUCGUGUACGUGGUGAACUAUCCAAAAGACAACAAAAGAAAAAUGGAUGAAAUCGAUGCCUCCUCUGCUGUGAAAAUGAAGAGAGGGGAUAUGAAGACAUCUGAUCUGAUCGUACUGGGUCUUCCUUGGAAAACAACUGAACAAGACCUGAAAGACUACUUUAGCACAUUUGGAGAAGUCAUUAUGGUUCAGGUAAAACGAGAUGCUAAGACCGGAAACUCUAAAGGAUUUGGCUUUGUGAGGUUCACAGAGUAUGAGGCCCAAGAAAAGGUGAUCUCCCAGCGCCAUAUGAUUGACGGGAGAUGGUGUGACUGCAAGCUCCCAAACUCGAAGGUGAAUAUGCAAGGUCCAGAUGAGCCACUGAGGAGUCGGAAAGUGUUUGUAGGACGUUGCACAGAAGACAUGACCACAGACGAUCUACGGCAGUUCUUUAUGCAGUACGGAGAAGUCACAGAUGUCUUCAUCCCCAAGCCAUUCCGUGCUUUUGCCUUUGUCACGUUUGCAGAUGAUCAGGUUGCCCAGUCUCUCUGUGGAGAGGAUCUUAUUAUCAAAGGAGUCAGCGUUCACAUCUCAAAUGCUGAGCCCAAACAUGGCAAUAGGCAGUUUGAUCGUACAGCUCGAUUUGGAAAUGGUUUUGGAGCUCAAGCAUUUGGUAGCAGCCGUAGUGGGUUAGGGAGCAGCACUAACAGUAGUCUGGCAAAUUUUGGCUCCUUCAGUCUGAACCCCGCCAUGAUGGCUGCUGCUCAGGCUGCUCUGCAGAGUAGUUGGGGGAUGAUGGGCAUGCUGGCUAGCCAGCAGCAGACAUCCACCUCAGGCAGCACGUCCAGUGGAACAAGCUCUAGCAGGGACCAGAGUCAGUCUUUCAGUGCAGGCAACAGCAACUACGGCACCAGCUCGGCCAGUCUCGGCUGGGGAACAGGGUCAAACUCUACAACCAGUAGUAGUGGGUUUAACUCAGGUUUUGGGUCCAGCAUGGAGUCAAAGUCAUCUGGGUGGGGUAUGUAAGUUAAGUGUUUGUAUGGUAAGUAUUGUGAGAAAGAUGAGUCUUUUCAAAAUUUAUUUCUGGUGUUAAUGCGUAUCUGAAAACUUAACACUUUUGUGGAAGAUGUUUUGUACAUUUGGAAAAAAUGCUAAAGAUUUAAUUUAGAAAGUGUCGAAGUGAAUUGUUUACCAGGAUGUCUGACUAAAGUGCUAUUUUUGAUGUCUCAUUUGUUUGUAUCCAUUUCAACUGGAUUCUCUAAUGCAUGUAUUGUGAAAUGUGAUAACCAUUUUGAAAAUGCAUGAAUGUUUGUGGUUCACCAUUAUCCGGCUUUGUCAUCGACCUAAAAGGCAAUCUUGCAUUGGGAAGAAUCUGGUUGAAACCUAAAUGUUUUAAGUGCAACUUUAUUUGCAGUCAAGUUCUAUGGAAAAGCCUUCAUUGAAAUCUCUUCUGCAGUUCACCUCUCUUCCAUUUUCCUGUGAGGAAGCUCCUCUUUGGCAGCAUUCUUGGGGUGAUAUCGGUAUCAUUCUCCCUCUUCCCACCUGUAAAUGCUAUGCCAUCAAAGAACGGCUUCACUCCGCAUGUUCUAAGAGACGGGACCUUGGGCUCUGCUGGUCGAGGUCUCCGUUUGAACCCUGACUGAAGUCUGUUCUGAAGGACGAAGAUGGAAGUUCCAACACUUUCAGUGUGUGUGGCCUUCUCAGACAUGACAUGGGGUAGUACCUGUCUUUUUGCUGCUUUUGAUGGCUUGUUGGAGUGAAUUAUCCCUUUUUUUUUUAUUAUUCACAGCUACUUCUAAGGUUAGCACAAGUUUGUGGGGGCUCAUUGUCUUUCAUUUCAACUUCAAGCAAUGAGCUCAGCAAUGUGCGAUCACCAUUCCAAACCGUAUUAAUUCUCUCUGAUUUGGCUAUAGUAGCAAGACAUCAAAUGUCACAUUGCUGGGCCUUGAAAUUGGAGAUUAUUUUUUUAGAUAAAAUGGUUGGUUUGACAGUAUUGGGUCUCAAGGUUUCAAGGGCAAAACACAUCAGUUAAUUCAUGUGAUUUUUGUUUUAGGUGAUUUACAGCCCAAACCGCUGAAAUACAAUAUUGUAAAGACUUUUUGAAGUAAAUGUCACAGUGGCAGUGCUUUAAAGAAUAAGACUUUAAUGUUUUUCAGUUCAUACAUGGGCAUUUUCAGAUGUCAGACCUGUGCCAGAUGCACUGCAGUUUGACAUUACAUUAGCAGGUGACAGUAGAAGCUGGAAGAUAUUUGUUCUGAACCUGCAGAGAGUUUACUGUGGUAUAACAAAGUCUCAUGCUGUCGACUCUCUGAAAUGCAUAACUCGAGAAACAUAACCAAGAGACUUGAGUGUCACUUGACUCACUGUCAUGUAUUAGUGAAUCUUCAUGUUGGUUUGAAUGUUGGGCACGAGUGAGACACUGCAGGCUUGCCUUUGUCCUGUCCUUAUUCUCUGCUGUCCUCCUCAGUGUCUCUGCUCUUCCUCUUCCCAGUACCCUUCUUUUUCAAAUCCCUCUGCUCCUGGGUCAGUUCUUCACUUUUAUUUUGUAUGUAGAUGGACUGAAAUUAAUAAAGGCAAAUUAAACAUUA